CGCGGCGCCCGCGCGACCAUGCAAUGGCGAGCGCUGGUCCUGGGGCUGCUGCUGCUCCGCCUGGGGCUGCACGCGGUGCUGUGGCUGGUGUGCGGACUGGGGCCCAGUGCGGGCCUGUACCAGCGCUUCCCGCUCGGCCUCGGCAUCCCGCGCCUGAGUCCAGCCGGCCGGCCCGGGGACCCCGCGCAGCCCGCUCGGCCGUCCUGGCUCUCCGGGACAGCGGAUCCCGCGCAGGGCGCGUGCGGCUCGGCGGCCUGGGGCGCGGUGCUGGGCUGCGGGCCCGACGAGUACGAGCGGCGCUACCGGGGCGCCUUCCCGCCGCAGCUCCGCGCGCAGAUGCGGGACCUGGCGCGCAGCAUGUUCGCCUUCGCCUACGAUAACUACAUGGCGCACGCCUUCCCCCAGGACGAGCUCAACCCCAUCGACUGCCGCGGCCGGGGCCCGGACCGCGCGGACCCUUCCAAUCUGAAUAUCAAUGAUGUGCUUGGAAACUACUCACUGACUCUCAUCGACGCCCUGGACACACUGGCAAUAAUGGGGAAUUCCUCUGAGUUCCGGAAAGCGGUCAAGUUAGUCAUCAACACGGUUUCAUUUGACAAAGAUUCCACCGUCCAAGUCUUUGAGGCUACAAUAAGGGUCCUGGGAAGCCUCCUCUCUGCCCACAGGAUAAUAACCGAUUCGAGUCAGCCCUUCGGGGACAUGACCAUCGAGGACUACGAUGACGAGCUGCUGCACAUGGCCCACGACCUGGCCGUGCGCCUCCUCCCGGCCUUUGAGAACACCAAGACGGGCAUUCCCUACCCGCGGGUGAACUUGAAGACAGGCGUUCCUCCAGACAGCAACAACGAGACGUGCACAGCGGGCGCGGGGUCCCUGCUGUUGGAGUUUGGCAUUCUGAGCCGGCUGCUGGGGGAUUCCACGUUUGAGUGGGUGGCCCGACGGGCAGUCAAGGCCCUAUGGAACCUGAGGAGCAACGAUACGGGACUGCUAGGCAAUGUUGUCAACAUUCAGACGGGCCAGUGGGUUGGCACGCAGAGUGGCUUGGGUGCCGGCCUGGACUCCUUCUAUGAAUACCUCUUGAAAUCUUACAUUCUCUUUGGAGAGAAAGAAGACCUAGAAAUGUUUAAUGCUGCGUACAAGAGCAUCCAAAACCAUUUAAGAAGAGGUCGGGAGGCCUGUAACGAAGGAGAGGGCGACCCCCCGCUGUACGUCAAUGUGAACAUGUUUAGUGGGCAGCUCAUCAACACCUGGAUUGACUCUCUGCAGGCCUUCUUCCCCGGACUGCAGGUCCUCAGUGGGGAUGUGGAGGACGCCAUCUGCCUGCAUGCCUUCUACUACGCCAUAUGGAAGCGCUAUGGAGCCCUCCCCGAGCGGUACAACUGGCAGCUCCAGGCCCCCGAUGUGCUCUUCUACCCCCUGAGACCAGAGCUGGUGGAGUCCACGUAUCUGCUGUAUCAGGCCACCAAGAACCCCUUCUACCUCCACGUCGGCAUGGACAUCCUGCAGAGUCUGGAAAAGCACACCAAAGUCAAGUGUGGGUACGCCACGCUGCACCACGUCAUUGACAAGUCCAAAGAGGACCGGAUGGAGAGCUUCUUCCUCAGCGAGACCUGCAAGUACCUGUACCUGCUGUUUGAUGAGGAGAAUCCCGUGCACAAGUCAGGGACCAGAUACAUGUUCACCACAGAGGGCCACGUCUUCUCCGUGGAUGCACGCCUCCGGGAGUCACCCUGGAAGGAGUUCCUUUCCCAGGAGGACACACAGGACCAGGACGGGAGAGCCCUGCAUGGGCCCAGGUCUCCUGAGUUAAAGACCAUCAACUCCAGUUCCAAUUGCAACCGUGUUCCUGAGGAGAGGCGCUACGCCUUGCCCUUAAAGAGCGUCUACAUGCGGCAGAUUGACCAGAUGGUUGGCCUGAUUUGA